AGUGCACCCUUAUCUAGCUGAAGCCAGUAUUGUCCAGCUGUCUAUAUACCCAUAGGGCUCUUGUAGUUUUUAACUCAGUUGCACUUCCACCCAAGCAAUGACGUGGGUAGUGGCUCUGUGUCUGGGGCUGUUGUUGCCCCUGGGACACUCCAAGACAGUCCACAUCUAUGUCAGCCCCAAGGGAUCAGACGGGAACUCGGGGUUGGAUGUCUCCCAUCCGGUCGCCACCCUGGACAAGGCCAGACAGUUACUGGACAGCAGUGGCAUCAAGGGCAACACGGUGUACGUGGAGCUGAUGGGAGGCUACCACAACCUGCACUCCACCCUACACUUCACCCACGCCUACACCCAGCCGGUCACCUUCAGAGCUUAUAAGGACCAGGAGGUCCACGUGACAGGAGGCAAGCAGAUCCCCGCAAACCUGUUCACCCACGUGACAGACAGCAGUGUGCUGAACGUACUACCACCAAGUUCAAGAUCAAAGGUGUUGCAGCUACACCUCCCUAGUGCCGGCGUCACAGAUUACGGCACGAUGUCUAAGUUCGGCUUCUACGUGUCCAGGACGUCAUGGUUGGAGAUCUUCAUCAACGGGCUACCAGCUAGACUGGCCCAGUACCCCAAUGAGAAAUUCUUGAAUCUGGUCAGUGUACCUGGCGGGAGACGUAGCAGGGUGUUCACCUACAACUCGAAAGAAGACGCCAGAUGGGUGAACGAGAAAGAGCCAUGGGCUUACGGAUUCUGGUAUUUUAGCUGGGCGGACGAUGGUGUAGGGAUCAGCAACAUUGACAUCAACAAACACCAGAUCACCCUGGCAAACGACACCAACUAUGGCCUUAGAAUAGGUCAUUACAACCCGGCUCAUCUCGCCUAUGCUGACAAUCAGGGUGGCUACUUCCGGGUUAUCAACAUGCUAUCUGAGCUGGAUCAGCCGGGAGAGUACUAUCUAGACCGAUCCAGCGGCAACCUAUACAUCUGGCCCAACACGCAGACGGGCACCUUGUCCUCCUCUGACGUCAUCACGGUGUCUCUGAUCAACGACUGCAUCAGCUUGGACCGAGGAGUGAGUAACCUCAAUUUUGAGGGUUUCACUUUGGAGGCGUGUCGCAAAGCUGGUAUUACUGGAGCAGCUGUUCACGACAUCAACAUUCAAAACUUGGAAAUUAGGAAUUUGGGUGCUUAUGGCGUUAGCCUCAGCGACAGCAACAACGUCACCGUAUCCCGCUGCGACAUCCACUACACUAAUGGUGGUGUCAACUUGACGGGUGGAGACCGGAAGACUUUAACACCAUCUGGCAACAUUGUUGAGGACAACCACAUCUGGAAGUUUGGACGUGUUGGGGGCGUGGGUUACAAUGCUAUAUUUUUCGAUGGUGCCGGCAACAUCGCCCGUCACAACCACAUGCACGACGGCCAAUACACCGGGAUGUGGUUGGCGGGUAACGACAACAUCGUUGAGUACAACCACAUCCACCAUAUGUGUGUGAACAGCACCGACUGCGGCGGGAUCAUUGCUGGAAGAGACUGGUCUGGACGUGGCAACGUCAUCCGAUACAACUACAUCCACAACGUGGUCAAGAACAUGCCAGGGGCGGAGAACAGGGGCAUCAUGCUGGACGACCAGUUCUCCGGCGUCCUCAUCGAACACAACGUCUUCUUUCAGAAUCAAUACCAUACCAACAUUGGUGGCGGCCGUGACAACAUCAUACGCUACAACGUGUUCUACGACGCAGUGAACUACCCCCUCAACGUUGACGGCCGUGGUAUCCUGUACGCUAGCAACAACGGGACGCUGUAUGACAGACUAAGGGCUCAACCCUACAAGACCAAGCCAUGGUCAGCCAGGUACCCCAAACUGGCCACCAUCGACUCCAAUCAUCCUACCUAUCCAAUGGGCAAUCAGAUCUACGACAACGUUUUCUACAACAAACGUGGGCCAAAUAUCGUUGAAUACCAUGGCACUGGCCUCAACAAGACGGAAUACUACGACAUUCACGAUAACUUCAAUGCCAACCCUGCUGAGUUUUGGUCUCCUCGUGAAUACGACUUCCGGUUCCGGUGUUCGAUAGAAACCUGGGCCAAUCAAAACUCAGUUCCCCAACCCAUCAAUAUCAAUGCCGUAGGACCACGGCAACCUACAGGACCUAAAUAUAUCCAGACAGCUCUACCACAAUAUCACAGCACGGUACACCCGGCUUCAUGUACUGGAUCUAUCAUCGGAUAAUGCCCAUGCUGAACUUUUCAAGACACGACUAAAUGUAUUUAAUUAUGUAGAUAAAGAUAUGCUUCGAGAA